AUCCGGAAACGCUCGAGGCGAAGCGAAGGAAGAAGAGAUCAGUGCAUGGCGUCGGGUGUUUGGUACCCGGAUCGUGUUUGAGAUUUGCCUUUGAGGCACUAAUUUGACGCAGCGUUUGUGGGAGUGCAGAGUUUCUUUAUCCUGACGCCGGUUCAAGUAACUCACGAGGGAUGAGUGACCGCGAGGGUAGUCCUGACCAAUCCAACCACAGCCCCAAACCCAUUGUGCGGAGCCCCUCGCCACACAGUCGGUCAAGAUCGAGGGACCGCAGUCGUUCCUUGUCAGGGGAUCGGGGGGCUCGCAAGGCUAGAGAUUUUUCUAGAUCAAGGAGCCCAACAUCUCCUGGCAAGUCACGCAGGAUGUCGUCCUACACUAGAAGAUCUCGAACAAGGUCUCGCUCACCUAGGCGAUACCGUGCCAAAUAUUCUCACUCAAGAUCCCGCUCCUACAGUCCUCGUGGAGGUCCUGGCAGAGGUAGCAGUAGCCGUUAUUACAGUGGAUACAGUGACCGUCGCAAAGAAUUCUACCGAAGCCACUCACGGAGUCCUAUGUCCAAUAGGCGUAGGCAUGUUGGCAACAGGGAUAAUCCCGCUCCCAGCCGCUGCCUAGGUGUCUUUGGAUUAAGCAUCUAUACAACUGAGCAGCAAAUGCAUCACAUAUUUUCACAGUACGGCCCUGUUGAGAGGGUUCAAGUAGUCAUAGACGCCAAGACUGGUCGCUCCCGAGGUUUCUCGUUCGUCUACUUCAAAAGUCACGAAGAUGCCAAAGCUGCCAAGGAACAGUGUUCAGGAAUGGAAAUUGAUGGAAGGCGAAUCCGAGUAGACUACUCGAUCACACAGCGUGCCCACACCCCUACGCCCGGCAUCUACAUGGGCAAACCUACUUACCGCAGCGCCCCUGACAGGUGGGGAGGCAGUGGCGGCAGUGGGGGCGACGGUGGCGGAGGCGGCGGCGGCGGUGGUAGGGGUGGUGGUGGCAGGGGCGGCGGCGGCGGUGGUGGCCGAGGAGGGGGUGGAGGCGACUACUAUGGCGGCGGUGGCGGCGGGGGAGGCGGCGGCGGGGGCGGAGGCUACCGAGGCAGCUACAGAGAGAGGUCACCAUCCCCCUAUUACAGCAGGAGACGGCGCUAUGAGCGUUCUCACUCUCGCUCUUACUCUCCACGUCGGUAUUAAGGGCCCCGGUGCAGCAAGCAACUGUAAAAGUGGAACUCCAGUUUAUUUUGCUUUCUCCUAAAUGUUUCAGUUUAAAUGUUAAACUACUGACAUUUUAACUUGCACUGUUGUAAGAAUUUACUUAGCAGUUCGUACUGAUUAUGUUUAGUAAUAUGAGAAUAGUAGAUGGGGAAUGGAUUACAAUUAGAAACCGCUAUUAGAUAGGCACCUUCCAUCGCCAUUCCCUUUUCCCCUUCUCUUUUGUGUUUUUAAUUUAUAGAAUGACAGGGUUUUCUCCCUAUAAAAGCAUCUAUUAUCUUAGGUUGGUCUUCAAAAUGUAUUUUUUUGAUGUGAAGUUUUAAGCUGGAAAUUUAAGUAAUGAAUGCGAGUCUUUCAUUUUAAGCCUACAUUGUGUGAUGAAUGUUCUUCAAUUAAUUUUCUCAAUGGUGUAUGCUUUCUUUAGCAAUACACACAAUCAAAUCAUCAGUUACUCAGCAUUUAAUUUUUCUGUAGAGUGCAUCACAUUUCCUAUUCAUCCUGUGCAUUCUGUUCAUUGGUUCGUUUUAUACCAAGUCCCAUUAUUUCAUGGAAGGAUUGUAAUUAGUCUAGAAUAAAGUUUGUCCUAUGGCACAUACUAACCUGGUUGUUUGUUUUUAUUUUUGUAAGGUUAUGAAGCAAGAGGUAUUGGAUGAAGUUAGAAGUUUGAAGUUUGAGCACAAUAGCACGUUCUCUGGGGCAAGAAUGAAAUCGAGUCAAGUUGACUUCUGAAGCUCGUGAGGCCCUGAGUGGGCGAAAAAUCGUCUUGCUGGUUGAAGUUUGAAGAAAGAAAAAGAUUCAAGUUCAAUUAUGAAGACGUAAAGUAGUUCAAGACUGAAGCCAUCUUACUGGGCUGAUUAGGAAGAGGGUUGUUUAUUUAGACCAAAAUUUCCAACUGCUCAGUGCCAGUUCAAGUGAGGACUGAACUUAGCACUUCACCAAAAUUUGGGUCAGAUCAGUUUGUGGGGAAGUGCUGAGGUGCAAGACUUACAUUUUGAGUUUUUACUGUGACUCUAAGUGUAGGACUUCAUUUCUCUGGUAAGUCAACUCAUCCUGAAUUCCUUUGCUUUAUGCCAUAACUAUUUUGAGAAUACUUUGGCAAGUGGAUUUUGAAAAACACGUUCCUUGCAUCAUUUUUCUCAUGAAAGUGUGAGGUACUUAAAAUUGUGUUGCCAUUAUAUUGGCCUGCAUGUUUUGUCAAAUGUUCCUUGCCAAGUGUUUGACAUUUUAUAACACUGUCAGGAUGGUCAUCGUUGUUUGCAGAACAGGAUCUCUACCGUAUGGUAUGAUUUAGCCAAAGUUAAUAAAUUUUCAUUUUCGUCA